ACCUAGCGGCAGAAGUUGACAACUCUCUAAUCGGCACUUUGUCCCAGGUUGAUCAUGUUGGGUGCCGUAGGAAGAGCCGUCAGCCUUUUGGCUGGCAAAUCAGCCGAAAAAGUCGGUCAGGAAUCCCUGAAAGCCGUAGCCUGCUACAAUCCGCAAAAUCGAAAUUUUGCUGCUAAACCCGGCGGUCAAGCCAAAGGCAAAGUUGUAGCCGUAAUUGGUGCCGUAGUUGACGUACAGUUUGAAGAUAAUUUGCCACCUAUUCUCAAUGCUUUGGAGGUUUCAAACCGCCAGCCCAGGCUGGUCCUUGAGGUUGCCCAACAUUUGGGAGAAAAUACUGUCCGUACCAUCGCUAUGGAUGGUACUGAAGGUCUAGUCAGAGGACAGGGUGUCCUUGACACCGGCUACCCUAUCCGUAUCCCAGUGGGAGCUGAAACCCUCGGAAGAAUCAUGAACGUCAUUGGGGAGCCCAUUGACGAGAGGGGGCCCAUUCCUACCGAUAAACUGGCCCCUAUCCACGCCGAGGCGCCAGAGUUUGUGGACAUGAGUGUCGAACAGGAGAUUCUGGUUACUGGUAUCAAAGUAGUAGAUCUUCUCGCUCCUUAUGCCAAGGGAGGUAAAAUCGGUCUCUUUGGUGGUGCCGGAGUGGGUAAAACCGUACUGAUUAUGGAACUUAUCAACAAUGUCGCCAAAGCUCAUGGUGGUUACUCCGUGUUUGCCGGUGUUGGUGAGAGGACCCGUGAAGGCAACGAUUUGUACCACGAAAUGAUCGAGUCUGGGGUCAUUUCCCUAAAGGAUAAGACAUCGAAGGUAGCGCUGGUCUACGGUCAAAUGAACGAGCCCCCAGGCGCGCGCGCUCGCGUCGCCCUGACCGGUCUGACGGUAGCCGAAUAUUUCCGCGACCAGGAAGGUCAGGACGUGUUGCUUUUCAUCGACAACAUCUUCAGGUUCACCCAAGCUGGUUCGGAAGUGUCCGCCCUGUUGGGUCGUAUUCCAUCGGCUGUAGGUUACCAACCCACCUUGGCCACUGACAUGGGUAGCAUGCAGGAACGAAUCACCACGACCAAGAAGGGUUCCAUCACCUCCGUGCAGGCCAUUUACGUGCCCGCCGACGAUUUGACAGAUCCGGCCCCUGCCACCACAUUCGCUCACUUGGACGCCACCACCGUAUUGUCCCGAGCUAUAGCCGAAUUGGGUAUUUAUCCCGCAGUGGAUCCUCUCGACUCCACCUCCCGUAUCAUGGACCCCAACAUUAUCGGGCAGGAGCAUUACAACGUGGCGCGUGGCGUACAGAAAAUCCUCCAGGACUACAAAUCCCUGCAGGAUAUCAUCGCCAUCUUGGGUAUGGACGAGUUGUCUGAGGACGAUAAGUUGACGGUAGCGCGUGCCCGCAAGAUCCAACGUUUCCUGUCGCAGCCUUUCCAGGUAGCCGAGGUCUUCACGGGUCACGCCGGUAAAUUGGUACCACUGGAAGAAACCAUUAAGGGAUUUCAACAAAUUUUGGGAGGGGAUUAUGAUCACCUGCCCGAGGUGGCUUUCUACAUGGUGGGCCCAAUCGAAGAGGUGGUACAGAAAGCUGAAAAAUUGGCGGAACAGUCGUAAAUCAUCUUGUUCAUUAUCGAUUUAGAAAAUUCCACUCUAUAAGUUGAGGCAAUGCCCGAAAUCUUACUUUUUGUGAAGUUUUUUUUUAUAUAACGGGUGUAAGUUGCAUUAAACCCUAGGCAGAUCAUAACAUUUGUUGUAAAAAUAAAGGAAACACGAAUUA